AUGGGCUGGACUGAAGCUUUCGAAGAGGAGUGUGAGCUUAGCCAGUCCACAGACCAGCAAGCGGCGGAGGCUUGCGAUUCAAGGUCGGAUUCAGGCUCCGAGGCUUGCGCCAGAGAUUCCCGCGCCGUAAGCACAUGUGGCAGCACUGCCAAUGCUACUAGCGGAUGCGAGGAUUCAGGUUCGGGUGCCGCAGUCCCCAGUGGCCUAGCUUUGUGGUGGGUUCAGAAGCUGCACCUUGCUUCCCGUGCUUUGGGAGCCCAGCCUCUCCUGAGUGCACAGCGUCGUGGCACCCUCAGCGUGGUGUCAUCCUGCACCGGCUGCUCUGCUGAAAGUGCGGUGCUCAAGGCUCUCAACGUUCCCUUCAAAGUCCUUUCCGCCUCAGAGCCGAACCGGGACUACCGCAACUUUUUUUUGGGCAACCACAGAGGCCUCUUCAAGCAUGUGCAUGAGAGGAUUGAAGACCAGCUUCGGGACAGCGCAUGUUGCCUGCACCCUGAAGCUCAGAGUUGUGCUGCAGUGGCAGAGCAUGGCACAGUUGACUUACUGGUGACUGGAAGCCCAUGCGACCCUUUCUCGGUUCAGCGCACCAAGCGUUUCAGUGAAGAUGCUGUAAAGUCCCACCCGGACUUUGAGACGACCAUGUCUUCGGUAGUUGCUAUGUACAAGAAGUAUGAACCAAAGGUUGGAGUGCUGGAGCAAGUGAAGGGCUUCAACAUGCCUUUCCAUUCCGGAGCUCCCGGGACUCCGCUGGAUAGGUGGGGCCAGCAGUGCUUUCGCUUGUCAUGUCUAGUCUGGGAGUACAAUUUUGCAGUGGGGUUAGAGGUGGAGGCCAUAGCAGGCAUGCGGGCAAUAGCUCAUGUAAUUCCGUAUUCGCGUGUGGUAAUCGUGGGCCUGUGCGCUGAUGGCUUUGCCGGGUUUAUGUAUGUAUGCUGCUGGGUGACAUCUUGA